AUGUGGCUGGUGCUGUGGCUGCCUCCCCCAGAUUUGGACUCUUUCCAGUUCCACCUUCUUCAUCGCCUUGCGAACAGUAGCAGCAACAGCAUGGCAGACCAGGCACAGGCGCGCAUGCUGUCGGCAGCCUUUCCGACACCCCCGCCGUACUACAAGCACUUUACCAAGCAGAAUGUCACAAAAGUCCGCCAAAUCCGCAAAGAGGCAGCCACAAACACCAACCAAGUCGACGUGGAAUCAUUACCCGUCGAGCUACGAUACCUGAUCCCGCCCGGAACGCCGGCAGAUGGCCGUUACAAGAGCUUUGGAGCGCAGCAUGAUGUGCGUGUAUAUGAAGAAGAUAGAAAGGGCAAGAGACUGAUAGACGAGAACAGUNUGGCGCAACCGGCACAAUCACUGGCUCAGGCAGGAAUCCAAGAGCUGUAUCCUGCAGACGUCGCCCACCUCGAUCCGACUCCCCAUCUACAGACCCUGACGCGCGCCGUACUCCUCAACUUCCUCGAACUGGUCGGCACGCUGUCCGUCAACCCUACACAAGGUCCGGAGAAGGUCGAACACCUGCAAACCCUUUUCUACAAUCUUCACGACCUGAUCAACCGCUACCGCCCUCACCAAGCACGCGAGAGUCUGAUCAUGACUAUGGAGGACCAACUGGACAAGAUCAAAGCUCAGAUCAAGGGCGUCAACUCCGCAAAGGAUCGCAUGCAACAAGUCCUGGGCGACAUCCGCAGUCAGGCCACGUCUGAGACCAUCAAUACACCCACAAAGCAAGAUCAGCCAUCGGCACAACCAGAGGCACCACAACCCACCGACAGCAUACACAAAGCCAUGUACGAAUCUCUGGAACAAGAUCUCGAUGAUUGA